AUGGAGAUUGGUGGCAUCCGUUUCUUGUACGACAACAUGGUGGAGUCACUACAGCGAUUCAAAAGUAGCUCUGGAUUUGGGUGCAUUCUAGCUCACAGUAUGGGUCUAGGAAAGACGCUACAAGUCAUUUCCUUCAUAGACGUUAUCUUUCGUAACACAACUGCCAAAAGCAUACUUUGCAUUGUUCCCAUUAACACCAUCCAGAACUGGAUGGCUGAAUUUGAUAUGUGGCUGCCAAUGAAAAAAAACACUGAUCCCUCAACGUCUUCACAAGAGGAAUGUCAGAACACUGAGGAGAUAUACCAUAGAACAUUUAAUGUUUUUCUCUUAAAUGAUAGUUAUAAAACCACUGUGGGACGUGCCAAGGUUAUCGCUGAUUGGCACGAUAAAGGAGGAGUCUUGUUGAUGGGUUAUGAAAUGUACAGGUUGUUGACCUUACGAAAGUUCACCCUUUCACGCCGAAAGAAAAAGAAUAAAGCUGGUAGUAAAGAAAUUGUAAUUGACCUUGAAGAGGAAGACAAGAAAAAUGAGAUGGCUGCAG